CGUCUCCGUCUCCAUCUCCAUCUCCUCCUUCACGUCGUGACUUCGACAGAGAGAGAGAGAGAGGGGAUGGGGAAGCGAUUGAGAAGGGAGAGAUCGGUUUGCACAUGCAGCAGCAUCUCUCCUCGUCCAAGCUACAUAGCUCCUCACUCUACCUUCUUCUGCUUUGAAGAUGAGGACGUCUGGACUGCGAUUGCGAGGUUUCUUGACGGGCGAUCUCUGUUGAUGCUUGCAACAACGAGCAAAUGGUUUUACCAUCUUGUUAUGGAUGAAAGCAUAUGGAAAUUCGCUUGUUUACGCGAUCUUCAGGUUCCGGAACCCAAGAACACCUCGUUCAAAUGGAUCCAGCUCUAUUCUUCAGCUUUUGAUGGUAGCCACUCUUACGCAUUCCGUCAGCAGGAAAAGCACAUUGACUGGCUGCGUAUUGGCGCAUUUUCUUUUGAUUCACCACUUGCACUUUUGACUGAAAAGCUGGCCACUUCGGUGAGGAUCCCAAAAGAGGAGAAUUUAGACAAGAUGUUGGACUCCCAUGGCUCGUUUGUGUUAAAGAACAUCAAAACUGGAAUCUGGAUAGCUGAUUUGCAGCUUGUUCGUUGUCCUGUCUGUGACCUGAACUCGUGUGAGGGAACCAUGCAGAUACUGGAUGCAAGGCACAUCGAGCUGUUCUUGAACAAGGGAUACCAGGAGGGAACUUGGGAAUACCAGGUCAUAGGAUCACACGACAUCAGAAAGAGUGCAGAUGGAGCUUCUGGGGCCAUUUUCGAUGUGAAACACCUCGAUGACCCCUCCACCUCUGCGAUAUUCGAUCUCACCUCAUGGGUGGGGAAGCCUAAAGACUGGCAACCUAAGGCAAUGAUAGCGUUCCACGCUGUAGCAGUCAACACCAAUUUGCAGAAGAAUGACGGUCUAAAUGUCAAAUACCAUGUCAUGAAAGCUGGAGUGGAUGGAGAAAUCGUUUCAAUUAGGAUCUCCCAGCAGCUUCUUUAAUCGGAUCCAAGAUCAACAGGAAAUAAAUCGAUCCAUUUAUAAGCAAGUUAAAAGUGAAAUAUAGUAUUUCACAGCAGAGCGAUGGAUUCAAAAAGUGUAAAUGAUGGUAGAGCUAGUCUGUAGGCAAUUUCUACGAACUGCAGGAUGAAUAACUGAUUUUUAUGAGUUGUUUAGUCAUCCCUGCACAUCAUCUCCUAUCUUGACACAUUCGAGCGGAACA